AUGGGGUAUGAAGAUAGGUGGAUGUGGAUGGAGGAGAGGAUUGGUGUCUUCAAUGUUCAAAGUGCUUAUAAACUGCUGCAAAAGAAUUGUGACCAUGCUGAAGGGGAGAGUUCUAAUAGUAGUAUUCUUAACAAGCUUUGGAAAGCAAUUUGGAAGUUGAAGUUACCUUUGAAAAUCAAGAUCUUUGCAUGGAGACUGUGCAAAGAUUGUUUACCAACUGGUUUAAAUCUGCUAAAGAAGCAUGUGAACAUUGAUCCAAAAUGCAGCAUGCGUUCUGAUCAGGAUGAUGAUGUGGGGCAUGCGAUUGUCUAUUGUGCUGAGCUGGUUGAGUCUUGGAAAGAUCUUUUGCCAAUUCUGAGAAAUAAAAAGAUACAUGAUGAUGUGGUAUUUACUCCUAAACAUGUUGUUGAUCAUGCUAUGUCUGUGCAAACGUGUUAUACCUCCUUUUCUCAACAGAAGAACAUAAACAAGAAGAAAUAUGGCUGCCAUUGGAACCCUCCUCCUGCAAGUUUCCUUAAACUAAAUGUGGAUGGGUCGUUAUUUUUUGAUCAAAAGAAAGCAGGGAUUGGGGCUGUUCUUAGAGAUGAAAAAGGAGACAUUAUUUUUGCAGCUAGCAAGGUGGAAUUUCAUAUUGAAGAGCCUGAUAUAAUUGAGUUGGUGGUAGUAGUAAGGGGUUUACAGUUAUGUCUUCAGUUUGGGAUCACAAAGGUACAAGUGGAAUCAGAUUGUAAGCUGCUAAUAGAUGAUUUGCAAUACGAGUCUUUCCAAUCUGCAUCAGAACUAGCAAAUUUGUUUGUUAAUCAGUUGGGAAAUAGUGCUGCUCAUAAGUUAGCUAGAAUGGCUUGGAACAUUGAUGAUUUGGUUGUAUGGGGGGAUUCUGUACCUGAGUCUAUUGCCCAUAUCAUUUGGGUGGAAAAUAUUUCUUGUAAUCCUUGA